GAACUACCCACAUUCUGAACAUCUUUUCUUGCCAUCAAUCCCAAUACUCGUGAAUCCUAACCCCACCACUUUUUAGUUGAGCUUGAGCUAGAGAUUACAACACAAUGGCAUCGCACCCCCCAGGCGCAUGUUGCACGAUUGGUGUAAAGCACGAAGGGUCUGCAGUAGGAGAAGUUAAGAAAAUCAAUGACUUCCGCGUAUACUUCUCCUACCCCAAAGACAAAAGCACACACAAUGCGAUCCUCCUCAUGACGGACGUGAUUGGCAUGGAUUUCAUCAACGUACAACUCAUCGCCGACCAAUUCGCCGCCAACGGCUAUUUCGUCGUCAUGCCUGAUCUCUUCAACGGUGACACGGUCAAGCUCAAUCCCCCAGAAGGCUUCCAAAUCUUUGAGUGGCUAAAGAGCCAUCUCGCUCCAACCGUCGACCCGAUUCUCGAGGCGACGUUGAAGGAGAUGCGGGGGUCGUUGGGGUGCAAGAAGAUCGGAGGCGUGGGGUAUUGCUUUGGGGGCAAGUAUGUGUGCAGGUUUUUGAAAGAAGGGAAGUUGGACGCAGGGUAUACGGCGCAUCCAAGUUUCGUGGAUAAGGAGGAGUUAGAAGGGUGUGAGGGGCCGUUGAGUAUUGCUGCUGCUGAAACCGACCAGGUUUUCCCAGCCGCCAAACGCCGCGAAACCGAAGACAUCCUGCUCAACAUGAAGAUUCCAUAUCAAAUCAACCUCUUCUCUGAUGUCGUCCACGGCUUCGCUGUCAAGGCUGACCUCAGUAAUCGUCGCAUCAAAUUCGCCAAAGAACAAGCAUUCCUCCAAGCUGUGCAUUGGUUUGACGAGUACGUGAAAGGUAGUGCGUAAGUCUGAAUCAUCUCAUCCUUCUCACUGCAUGGGAGGCAGUGGACUGGAAAGCAUGGGAGUGCGGGAAUGAUGGUGCUUCAGAGUCUUUCAUUUCUCUGUCCUAAAAUAUAGGCAUCGAUGUCGAUUUCAAAGUUGAUGCCGAUGAUGGAGGGAGUGGAAGGGGCGGAAUGUUGAAUUUGAUCAGCCCGGAGAUAAUACAGAUUCUGAGAUAUAGGAGAUAGAAUGUCAUUAAGAGC